CUACCAAUGAAGUUGACAGAUAGCGUGAUUCGUGCAUUCAAACCUGCAAAAAUAUUCCGUGAUAACUCAGACAAAAUCAACCACAUAGAUUAUUCAGCAUCAGGCGAUACUUUAGUUACAAGCAGUAAUGAUGAUUCUAUUGUGAUUUAUGACUGCUUUGAUGGAAAACAAAAAAAAACCUCUCACAGCAAAAAGUAUGGUGUUGCUUUUAUUCAGUUUACACACGCACCACAUUCAGUUAUACACACAUCCACUAAAGUAGAUGAUACAAUUCGCUACCUGUCUUUACAUGAUAACAAAUAUCUACGGUAUUUUUCAGGUCAUACGAAAAGUGUUGUUGCACUAAACAUGUCUCCUGUUGAUGACUCGUUUAUAUCAGGAUCUUUGGAUCGAACAAUACGUUUAUGGGAUCUAAGGUCUAAUAGCUGUCAGGGUAUAAUGCAUGUAAGUGGUAGACCUGUAACAUCAUUCGAUCCUGAAGGGUUAAUAUUUGCAGCAGGUGUUGACUCUGAAGUAAUUCGACUUUAUGAUAUUAGAACAUUUGACAAAGGUCCAUUUGCAACAUUUAAUCUACCCUUAGCUGACGCUGGUAUAGAGUUAACAGCUAUAAAGUUUAGUAAUGAUGGAAAAAAGUUUAUUGUUCCUACAACAAAUGGCUCUGUCUACUUAUUAGAUGCAUUUCAAGGAAAUCUAUUGCAUACAUUUUCUGGUUUAUCUCAAGGCAGCACUGCGCCAACAUUUUUAGAAGCUUCUUUUUCUCCUGACUCACAAUAUGUCCUUUCCGGGUCUUUUGAUGGUAAAGUUCAUAUAUGGUCAACUGAUAGUGGGAAAAGAAUAGCUCUUCUUGAUGGAAUGCAUCCAGGACCCUGUUUACGGAUACGUUUCAACCCAAAGUAUAUGAUGUUUUCAACUGGAUGUUCAAAUUUGGCAUUUUGGAUUCCUGAUUUAAGCGAAGUCGAAAAAUAAUUUUGGAAAUUAGUUAUAGUUGUAGCUUUGAGGUUGCAUUUGGUUUGUUUUGUGGCCGUAACAGUAUCUACGCAGUUAUCACGUUGCAAAUGGCUAUAUUCGAUAAGUCAAAUUUCAAAUAAAAGAAAUGAAAGAACUUUAAGUUAUUCGAAGAAAUUUUUUACAAAAUGAAAAAUAGAAUUUAAAAAGUUUUAGAUUUUUUACUUUU